AUGGGCGGCAAAAGCGCAGCAGACGCCUACGGGACCCGGACGGUCCCCGAGAGGCAGCAAGCAGCGCUCCCGCGCUUCGCCCCUCGCGCUCCCGCCACGUCUCUGGGCUGUGCCGCCCGCUCCCCUCCCUGCGGUGGGGGCUGGGCGGCGGCUGGGCCCCCACCGUUGCCGCGCUCCCCACACCCGCGUGAGGCCGGCUCUCCGCCCGGGAGAACGCCGGAGCGCUUCCCGCAGAGGCGACACCAACUCCGGCGCCGCAACCAGAAACCACGGCACAGCUCAGAAGUCCCCAGGCCACCGGCUCCCCAGCACCCUUCGGGGAAAUCUCGUGCACCUCUGCAGGAGGCGAGAAUAAAACAAAAACCCCGUAAAACUGAAACCGGGCCAGGCGGCGGCAUGGGUGGCAGUGGCAGUGGCAGCGGCAGCAGCCCGGCGAGCGCGGACACGCGCCGCGUCUCGCGCUCCGCUGCUCCAGUGAGUCCGGACGAACCAUAGAGAUCACUUAAGGAGGCUCGCGCGCUACU